AAAAUAAGUAAAUAAAACUCGUUUCUUAGUUUCUAAAUCGACUAGUUGACUCAAUCUAUAUCUAAACAAGUUCAUUCUGCUCAGCACUGUUUAGACGUUGGACACUUAUAUAAUAUAUAAUUAACAGGUUUGCACAGAUGUCAAUAAAAGUGAGGACGGUAGAGUAAGAAACUGAAAGCUAGAAUAACAAGUCAGCUUUGGAACUACUGUUUAAAUAAAAACAUUAAAUCACAUUAUACUCAAGGAAAAAAAACAACAGUUUCACCAUGUUCAAAAGUGGCCCGAACUACACAAAGCUAAAAACAAACUUGAGGCUGAUCAUCAAUAGACUGAAACUUCUUGAGAAAAAAAAGACAGAAAUGGCUCUUAAGGCUAGAAAAGAAAUAGCAGAUUAUAUAUCAGCUGGAAAAGAUGACAGAGCUAGGAUCCGCGUGGAGCACAUUAUAAGAGAAGAUUAUCUUGUGGAGGCCAUGGAACUUUUAGAGAUGUACUGUGAUUUGUUGUUAGCUAGGUUUGGCCUGAUACAGACACAAAAGGAACUGGAUCCUGGUCUUGAGGAAGCUAUAGCUAGUAUAAUCUGGGCUACACCCAGACUUCAGGCAGAUGUUCAGGAAUUGAAGGCUGUUACUGAGGAAUUCGCUCGCAAAUAUUCACCAGAAUUUGCACAGGCUUGCAGGAGUAAUCAGCUUAGUAAUGUUAAUGAGAAGGUGAUGCACAAGCUGUCUGUUCAAGCCCCACCUAAAUCUCUGGUCGAACGAUACAUGGUGGAAAUAGCAAAGACAUACAAUGUCCCUUUUGAGCCUGACCCUACCGCCAUGCACCACGAUGAAAUCUUGAUGGCAGAGAACCUGCUCAUAGAUCUGGGUGGGGAUGAUAAAAAAAAUAUGGGUGGCCCUGGGGGACCUAGAGGGGGUAUGGGAGUUCCUCAACCAGUCAGCUACCCACAUCCUCAAAUGAGUUACCCAGCACCACCAGUAGCCAGUGCCCCGCCCCCUUUGCCUAACAUGGCACCAGCUGGACAUUUCAACUCCUACCCCAUGCAGCCCCCAGCCUACAAUUCUGGGGCCCACUCAGCCCCUCCUGCAGGGCCCCCUAACUUUGACUUGCUGUAUGAUGGCACUAAACCAACCCAGCCGCCUGCACCAACCUUUGCUUCACAACCAGUUAAAAAAAAUGAAGACAUGUUUCCAGAAUUACCAACUGUACCAAAUAACACCUUGCCGGAUUUGGGAAAUUCUGUCGGAGGAAAUUCUGGAGAAGAUGUGGACUUUGAUGAUUUAACAAGGAGGUUUGAACAGCUUAAGAAAAAGAAAUGAGAAGAAACUCAAAUUAUUUUGAUGUUUGUGUAUGAUAUACUAAUUAUAGGACAAACCAUAAAAAUUGAAGAAAAGACAAAAUUUUUCUUUUUCAAUAGAAAUUUGCAGAAAUUUUAGCACUAAGUGCAAAUCUGUAAGAAGUCUGAAUUCAUAAAUUUAAAAAAUUUGAUUUUAAUAUACCCCUCAUCUAAAUAUUUUCUGUUCUGCUUAAACAAUCAAAUUAAUAUGCAAAUGAUUAUAUAUAGAUGUAUAAUUUUGUUGUGGUUUGUAUAAAAAUAGGGUUUUGUAUAUAUUUCAAUAAAUAAAUCUUUGCCCAUG